AUGCCUUCUGCUCGAUCUAUCUUGUCCACCGGUCUGGUCGGUGCUGUCAUUCUUGGCACGGCACUGGCGCAGCUGUUCACCGUCAACUGCUCGCCGCUGACCAUCCAGCGCGGCGACCCGAUUGUCUUUCCGGGCCAGAUCUCGCCGCACGUCCACGUCGUGACGGGCGGCACCGCCUUCCAGCAGACGCAGUCCAACGAGCAGGCCCGCAACGCGCAGGCGACGACCUGCGACAAGCUCUUGGACAAGAGCAACUACUGGCAGCCGCAGCUGUACCACCAGCGUCAUGACGGCCGCUUCGAGCUCGUCACCAUGCAGGGCAAUGCCGCGUACUACAUCAAGCGCGCCUGCGACUAUGCUCCCGGCAGACAGAAUUGCGAUGGCGCUCCAACCCCAAUUGCGCCCCCUAGAGGUCUUCGCAUGGUAACCGGCGACCCUUUUCUCAGGAUAUACAACGAGUCCAGCCUCGCGCAGCAAGCCAUUGCUCAUUUCUGCCUCGAAGGGCCCAACGAGGGUGAGACGCCGUAUAUGAGCCGCCUGCCCUGCGGCCGGAUGCGCGCUGAGACAUUCUUCCCGUCUUGUUGGGAUGGCCACAACCUCGACAGCGGUAAUCACAAGGAUCAUAUGGCCUUUCCCGCCAUUGGCGCGUACAACUUUGGCGUGUGUCCCGAGUCACACCCCAAGGCAAUCCUGUCCGUAUUUUACGAGUUCUUCUACGACACGGGCGCCAUCAAGGACCCGAACCACCUCGUGUGGGCCAUGGGCGACCCGACCGGCUACGGCCUCCACGGCGACUACCUGCAGGGCUGGACCGACCAGCAGCGCCUCGAAAACGCCAUCGCCACCUGCACGGGCCCCAACGGCGUCGACGACCACGGCUGCAGCCUUAACGUUGGCCCGGACGGAAGCCCAGGCCACUCGAGCACGCAAAAGGUUCAGGUCCCCGAGCCUGCGGAGCCAGUUGGCAAGCAGGGGCCGCUGGCUAAGUUGCCGGGCAACAAUCCGGUCACCGGGAACCCAGUCUGA